AUGGAUAUAAGAUAAAAAUAUAUAAAUAGUUAAAACAAUUUAAAAUUAAGUUUAAUUUAUGGUUUUGGUUCUUUUUUAUAUUAAGGUCUAAAAAACUGUUUACAUAUAAUCGAAGAAGAUGAUUGUAAGAAAUUAAUAUAUCCAAUAGGAUAUUAUAUAGCAAUAAAACAUUUAGGAUAAAAACAAAUAGAUUUUAUUCCUUUAAAAUAAGCAGUAAAAUCAUUAGCAGUAUGUUAAUAAUCUCGAAAAUUAGUUAUUAGUGGAAAAAAUAAACCUAAUGAAAAAUCUUUAUUGUCUAUUUAUAAUUUAUCAAUUUCCGUUUUAAAAACUUAAAUUUUUUUGGAAGAAAAUCAAAUUAAAUAUCAAGGAGAACAACCGUUUAUUUCAAUGUCUUUUUCAAUAGAUGGCAAUUUUUUAGCAUGCUUAAGUGGCGGAGAAAAUAUUUAAAAAAUAUUUUAUUUUAAAUUAGAACUUUCAACAAAAAUCGGAUAGUAAAUUUUUGAAGAAGCUUUAGAUGUAAAAAAUAAGCAUUUCAAAAAAGAUUCAACUUUAAUAUGUAUUACAGGAUGUGAUUAUUUUCGAAUUUCGAAAGUAAAUGAAUAAUUAUAGUUUACAUGUUUAGACGAUGGUAGAAAAUUAAAAAUAAAACAUAUGAAAGAAAAUGCUUUUAUUACAGAUCAUGUUUGGUUUGAUGAAAAUAAAAUUGCUUUAUCAAAUAAUAUUGGAUAAGUUUUUAUUAUACAAGAUUAGGAAAUUAAAUAAACAAUAAGUAAUGCGUUUGAUACUUUAGAAAUAUAAAUAAAAAUAUAAUCUAUUUGUUCAUUUUAAAGAGGAUUAAUAAUAGGUGGAGAAACAGGGUUAAUAAGCAUAUGGAUAUAAAAUGAUGAGUAUGUUGAUUUUCGGAAUGAUAAAAAAGACUAAGAAUGUAAAUUGGUUCAUUUAAGUCAAUGGAAUGAAAAAAAUAGAGGAAUUACUAAUCUAUAAAUAUGUGAAAAUACUUUAUUAUUGGGAUUUAAAAAUGGUUAUAUAGGAACUUUAUAAUUAAAAUAUAUAAUUCCGGAUAAAAUAAAAUAAUUUCUAUAAAAAAAAGAAAAAUCUGAACAAAUACAAUAUAUAAAUUAUCUUUACAAAGGUUUUCAUGAAGGACCAAUAACUUAAAUAGAAGUAUGCAUCUAAAGACCAUUAAUAAUAACGUGCAGUAGGUAAGACUCAUCGAUAAUAAUAUGGAAUUAUAUAAAUUUUAAAUGUGAAUUAUCUAAAAAAUUUGAGUCUUAGGAUUUUCCUUAAGCAUAAAAUUCAAAUGAACUUUUACUUUCGAUUGCUUUUCAUCCAUUUGGUUAUUAUUUGGCAUGUGGAUUUGUUGAUAAAGUACGUUUUUAUCAUAUAUUAAGCAAUAAGUUGAAAUAAUAUCGAGAGUUAGAAAUAAAAUAUUCUACUUUAAUGCGAUUUUCAAAUGGAGGUUAGCAAAUUGCGAUAGCUUUUCCAUUUUCAAAAAGAUUAAAUUAAUAAAAUUAUUUAAUAAUUGUUUAUAAUUCUUAUACUUUAGAAAAUAUUUGUUAAUUAAAAGGCCAUUAAAAUCCCAUAAAUGAAAUUUUGUGGAGUUUAAAUGACAAUAUUUUAUUUUCUGGGAGCUCUGAUGGGAUUGUUUUAUGUUGGAAUAUGAUUUCAUUUGAAAAAACAGAGAUAAAAAGUAAAAUUUAAUUUAAUACUGUUAAUAGUAUUGGUUUUUUUGAAAAUGAAUUUUAAUUAAUUGUGAAUGAUGAAUAAAAUUUAUUUUCUACUUAAUUCAAAGAAGAUAAAUUUGAUGAAUAAAAAGAAAGUUUUUCUUUAAAAAAUAUGUUUUUUUCAACUUUUAAAACAUGCAAAAGUUCAUAAAAUACACAAGGAAUUAUUGCAGGUAGCUUUUAAGGAGAAAUUAAAAUUUUAAAUGCUUUAAUGUAACAAAAGUAAACUUUUUAAGUACAUGAUGGAGCUGUUUAUUGCAUUGCAAAAAGUUUUGAUGGAAAAUAUGCUUUUUCAGCAGGUUAGGAUGGAAGUUUAUUCAUUUAUGCAGUUUCAGAAUUAAAUAAUUAAGGAAAUACUUUAAAAAAGGAAAAUUUCUAAAUCGAAAAUAAUAAAAGUGUUAUUGAUGAAGAAUUAGCUGAUUUGGUUUUAAUUUAAAAGGCUGAUAUUUAAUUGUGGGAAACAGAAAUUAAAAAACUAAAAAUUAAAAAUUAAAACAUUAUAAAUCAAGCUGAUAUUUAAUAGUUUGAAUUACAAAAAUCAAUAAAAAAUUAAAUUAAUAAUUUGGAAUUGAAAAUUAAAUAAUAAUAAAAAUUUUAUGAACAAAAAAUCGAUGAAAUCAGAAAAAACAAAACAAAAAAUGAGAUUGAAGGGUAAAAACUUAUUAAAAAUUUCGAAGAUUCUCAUUUAAAAGCUAUUUAGGAACUAGAGAAUCUUUAUGAAAUAAAAUUGUUUUCGAAGCUGACAAAAACAUAUAAAAUGAAUAAAAAUUAAUUGAAGAAAGGAUGA